AUAUAUUGUCAUCCAAAAACAAUAAAAUAAAUAAAUUUGUAUACUCUGUCUAUUUCUCUAUAAAUACAGGGCAAAGUUCUCAUUCACAAUCACCAGAGUCUUUGUUCUCUGUUUCUCCACUCUGCACCGAAGAGGCGUGGUAACUAGAGCUCCAACUCAUUAGAAGUAUAUCCCCAACCGUCAAGCAAGCAUAAAUCUGGACAAGUGAUAGAUGAUGGAGUUCCCAAUCAUCUCCUUCCCAAUUCUAUUCACAUUCCUUAUGUUUGUGUUGAUGGUAUUCAAAACCAAGAUGAUGAGUUCAUCUCCAAAACUGCCUCCUGGGCCUUGGAAGCUACCUGUAAUUGGUAACAUUCACCAAUUUGUUGGAUCUCUACCCCAUCACCGCCUACGAGAUCUGGCAAUGAAUUAUGGACCUCUGAUGCAGCUUCGACUCGGUGAACUUCCUAUUGUUGUCAUUUCUUCAGCAGAAUUUGCCAAAGAGGUGAUGAAAACACAUGACAUCGUCUUUGCUACUAGACCUUUUAUUUUUGCUAUGAAUAUCAUAUCUGGGGAUGACGUUGCCUUCGCGCCUUAUGGGGAUCAAUGGAGACAACUUCGAAAAGUUUUCAUACUGGAGCUUUUAAGUGCCAAGCGUGUCCAAUCAUUCCGACCCAUCAGGGAAGAAGAGGCCGCGAAUCUGAUCAAAUCUAUUUCGUCGACAGCUGGAUCUCUCAUCAAUCUCACUGAAAAGGUUUUCUCCAUGACAUACAGCGUUGUUGCUAAGGUGGCCGUUGGUAAGAAAUUCCAUGGGCAACAAGAAUUCUUAUCACUUCUUAGGGAGACUAUGGUGGUAGCAGGAGGUUUUGAUGUUGCUGAUCUAUUUCCUUCACUUAAAAUACUUCCUUCGAUAAGUGGGUUGAGGCCUAGAGUUGAGAAGAUUCAUCGAAAAAUUGAUGAGAUAUUUACUAACAUUAUUGAUGAACAUAAAGCUAGAGAUGGUGAAGUUGAUCACGAACAAGACUUGAUAGAUGUACUUUUAAAAGUUCAGGAGAAGGGUAACCUUGAGAUCCCCUUAACUAUAACAAUGCUCAAGUCAGUUAUCAUGGACGUAUUCACUGGAGGGAUUGAUUCAUCAUCCUCAACUGUAAUCUGGGCAAUGUCAGAAUUGCUGAAAAAUCCAAAAGUUAUGGGAAAGGCACAAGCUGAGGUGAGACAGGUUUUAAGUAAAAAAGGAGGAGAUAUCAUAAAUGAAGAUGACAUCCAUGAAUUGAGUUACUUAAAGUUAGUUAUCAAAGAAACUCUUAGGUUACAUACUCCUGGCCCUCUAUUAAUUCCGAGAGAGAGCAGAGAGAGAUGUGAAAUCAAUGGAUAUGAGAUACCUGCGAAAACCAAAGUCAUUGUCAAUGUAUGGGCAAUUUGUAGAGAUCCUGAAAGUUGGAGUGAUCCAGAGAGUUUUCAUCCAGAGAGAUUCCUUGACACUUCAGUUGAUUACAAGGGGACUCAUUUCCAAUUUACACCAUUUGGUGCUGGCAGGAGAAUAUGUCCUGGCAUUUCGUUCGGGAUAGCUAAUGUUGAGCUUCCACUUGCUAAUUUAUUGUAUCACUUUGACUGGAAACUUCCUGAGGGAGAAAAGCCAGAAGAUCUGGACAUGACUGAGAUCUUUGGUGCAAUAGUUGGUAAGAAAAGGGAUUUGUGUGUGAUUCCUAUUGCUUAUCAUCCUUCAACUCGUAAGUAAGAUAUUAAGACAAGAAUGUAGAAAGCUAACAUUGGAUGGUCACUAUUGAAUGUCCAGUUUCAGUGUGACCCUCUCUAAUGUUAAUUAAGUUAUACUACUAUAUAAUAAAUAAUGUAAUCUUAUGUUAGAAUAUAUAUAUAUAUAUAUAUAUAUAUAUAUAUAUAUAUAUAUAUAUAUAUAUAACAAUAUAGAUGAAAGGUAAAAUAAGAAUUGGUGUUAU